CUCCGCAGUCAUGCUCCGUCCAGCGGUCCUCGGCCUCCUCCUGGCAUGUGUGGUGUCUCUCGGCAGCUCUGCUGUCGUUUUAGAGAACGGCAUGCCCAUCCUGUGGGCCCACACAACCGGCCAGGUGACCGACAUGCCGGUGCAGGACGGCAUCCUGACUCCAGACCCCUGGAACUAUCUCCAGCGCAUGAGUCUGCUCCGGCUGACGAUAGCUGCUACGGACCCUCUCAUGGGCUGCAUGGGGGGAAAUGCCACAGACAGUCCUCUGUGGGGACUGGCACUGCAGCUUGGAUGGAUGCUGACUUCAGGUCGUCUCGCUGACCCCACCGGUACGACAACCUGCGGCCUGCAAACUGGAGAUACUAUGUGCAUUUCCCCUCAGAGCUGGUGGGGCUGUGUGAAUUACUUUACCUCUGUUCUGCCCUUCCUGUCUGCUGUACAGCAAGGCUUCAUGGGACCAGGAGUUCAGGUCCAGGUGAUGGUGCCUGAAGGCGUAACGGACUACUGCACCACAUAUACUGACUGCGCAGCUAAAUACGCCGACCCCAUGACUAAGUGGGAUGCCUUCUUCCAGGGCCUCUCUGCUGAGACUGAUCCUUCUCUCUCCGACAACGAGAAGAAAGACACUCUCCUCGGUCUCUAUUGGGAAGCCCAAACAUCUUCAACUCAUGCCACUGCUGCAUGCAACGACAGGAAGACCUCCUACUCCACCACAGAGAAGAAUUUCAUGAAGAGCUGGCUCAACUCGGCAGAGUACGUCUCCGCAUCCCGUUUCCAAUCCAGUUUGGAAAAAUCUAGGGUUUUCCUAGAACCUCUGCCGAGUCGUAUUUUACAGGAGGCUGAUGUUGCGCCCAAUAUUGCCGAUUUGAGUCUGGAGGAGAACAACACUCUGAACACUUUCUCUUGGCUGGAUAGAAUCAACUCUCUACUGGGUGGGUCGCUGGUGACCAUGUGGAAAAGAGCCAUGUGUACCCUCGAGACCAGAGAGAAAGGCAGGGCGAUGAUGGAGCAGCUGAUGACGAACCCCACCGAAGCAAUGACCAACUUCAUCUCUGUCGUCACUCAGAUAACUAGGAGCUGCUGAGGAAACAAUACGAGAUCACUUUUAUACAUAUUACUCAGAGCAAUGCAACAUUUUUGCUAAGAGUCAAUUCCAGGAGAUUUUUAAUACAAAACCACAAAGCUGACAUCUCUGGUGAGUUGUGAAUGCAAGAGAGGUCAUUUCUCUGGACGGCUUUGUUUCCACAGAACAUCUUGAAACUUACAACUGCA